GCAAAAACCCAAAAUUAUGAUGGAACAACCUUAUGAUAAAGCUCAGGUUCGUAUCUGGGGCGAUUAUGCUGAGAGUAAAAUAAUUCCAUUAUUUUAUUCUGUUUUGAAAUCAGAUCCUGAAAAUCUUGAUGGAAUACAAAAAUCUUUAAUUGAAAAUAUUGGAAGUUUUGUGAAAGCCAUGUCUCCAACUGGAAAUUUUUUCAUGGGAGACUCAUUUUCAUUUGUUGAUAUAAUGGCAUUUCCAUGGUUGCAAAGGUUGGAAGUUUUGAAACAUUAUAAAAGUUUUGAAAUACCAUCUGAUAUUGAUUGGUAUCCUCGGUUCCAGAAAUGGCUGACU